UUAUAUUAUAUUUAGGGCUCCAACUAGUACAUUCUUGGCUUACUAUCCAGCAAAGAGCUAUGGAGAAGCAGGAAGAAGUAAAGCCCUGCCCUCUCGCAGCAGGGCUGGUAGCAGGUUUUGUUGAAGUACAGUGUGUGAAUCUUGCACCAGAGGAUGUAAGUGCACUUCGUGAGAUAGCUGAUCAACUGGGAAGAAAGAACCACAAGUUCAAUUAUAUUGAGCUAAACUUGACAAACUGGGACACUACACGGAAGCCAGAGUAUGCUAAUUAUGUCUUCUACAAUUGCUCCUUCCCUGGUGACAUAUGCCGCGUUCAAGCCAUGUCUCUCAAAGGGCAGGAUUUUGAUGGUAUACUUCCACCAUCCUUGGCAAAGUUGCCAUUCAUAAAACAGAUUGAUUUUACUCGCAACUACCUUGGUGGCACGAUACCCCGUGAAUGGACUUCAACAAAGUUGGAACAUAUGGCUGUCACAGUAAAUAAUUUAUCGGGGCCGAUUCCAGAUUACUUGGGAAACAUUUCCACUCUCAGAAAUUUGAGUCUUGACAGCAACAUGUUUACUGGAAGUGUUCCACCAGAGCUUGGGAAACUAGUAAACUUACAGACACUCCAUAUCGAUGCUAACUAUCUAACUGGACAAUUACCUCUGGAGCUUAAUCACCUAAUCCACUUGACAGAUAUUCGACUAGGUAGCAACAACUUUACUGGAAAACUUCCAGAUUUCCAAAGUUGGAAGCAACUAUCUAAAUUAGAUAUUCAAGCUAGUGGUUUUGAGGGACCUAUACCUUCUAGCAUUUCUAUCCUGAAAAAUUUAACUGAGCUAUUGAUCAGCAAUUUAAAUGGAGGAGCCACAGAGUUUCCUCAACUAGAAAACAUGACACAACUGAAUAAUUUAAUGUUGAGGAGCUGUAAUAUAUCUGGGGAAAUACCCAAGUAUCUUUCCAAAUUAACAAAUUUAAACAAACUAGACCUAAGCUUCAACAAGUUGAAAGGAGAAAUACCCAGCAAUUUUAGUGCCCUAACAGGGCUCCAGCAAAUGUUUCUCACAAACAAUUCUCUUACUGGACAUAUACCGGAGUGGAUGAAAAAAAUUAGUUCCAAUGGUCAUAUAGAUCUAUCAUACAAUGAAUUUUCUAAUGAUUCAGGAACUUGCUGGAAUUCAUUAACCUUCAACUUGUUUAGGAGCUUUGGGAGAAAUUUCAAUUGCCGCAGCAGUAGCUUUUCAUGUCCUAAGGAUCGGUAUUCGCUGCAUAUUAAUUGUGGGGGGAAACAAGUUACAAUUGGUGAUAGAACUUUUGAAGACGAUGAAGAAUCAGCAGAUCCAGAAAAUUAUCAUAUUAUAACAGGAUACUGGGGAAGUAGUAUUACAGGAGUCUUUAAUCCUAGAAGGUUUUCGAGAUAUAACUAUACAGCACACAAUACAUCUAUUCUUAGAAUGAAUGACUCCGAAUUGUACACGACUGCUCGUCUGUCUCCUUUGUCACUCACUUACUAUGCCCGCUGUUUGGCAAAUGGAAACUAUACUGUAACACUUUAUUUUGCUGAGAUAAUGUUCAGAGACAAUCGUUCUUAUCAGAGUCUUGGAAGACGAAUUUUUGACGUUUAUGUCCAGGAUGAAUUGAAACUCAAGGAUUAUGAUAUUGAACAUGAAGCACUAGGAGUUGACAAGGCAGUAAAACCUGAACUGAAAGCAUUUGUUAAGGAUAAAACUUUACAAAUUCGCUUUGUUUACACAGGGAAAGGGACAACAGGUGUACCUGUUAGAGGAAUAUAUGGCCCUUUAAUAUCAGCUAUUUCUAUGGAAUCUGAUAAUCCUCCGCAAGAUUCAAGUCCUAAUUGGAAAGGAAAGAUUAUCAUUGCGGUUGUAGUUGUGGCUUUAGGUUUAUGGAUUUUUCUUACCUUUUUUGGUAUUUCUUGGUGGAAGGGCAAUCUGGGAUAUCGAACAUCACGGGAAGAAGUGUUGAAAGGAUUGGAUCUGCAGACUGGAGUAUUUACCUUUCAACAAAUUAAAGCUGCCACUGAUGAUUUUGCUGCUGCAAACAAGAUUGGAGAGGGUGGUUUUGGAUCUGUUUACAAGGGAAUUCUAUUGGAUGGUACUACAAUUGCUGUCAAGCAGCUUUCAUCGAAAUCAAAUCAAGGGUCUCGUGAAUUUGUAAAUGAAAUAGGCAUGAUUUCUGGUUUAAGACACUCAAAUCUAGUAAAACUGCAUGGAUGUUGUACUGAGCGUAAACAAAUGCUGCUAGUGUAUGAGUUCAUGGAAAAUAACAGUCUAGCCAGGGCUCUAUUUGGUCCAGAGGAAUUACGACUGAAUCUGGACUGGCCUACUAGACAAAAGAUUUGCAUUGGUAUAGCAAAGGGCCUGGUGUAUCUGCAUGAGGAGUCGAUUCUUAAAAUUGUCCAUAGAGACAUCAAAGCUAAUAACAUUCUUCUGGACAAUGAUCUGAACCCGAAAAUCUCGGACUUUGGUCUGGCCAAGCUUGAUGAAGAGGAAAACACCCAUAUUACAACUAGAGUUGCUGGAACUAUCGGGUAUAUGGCACCGGAAUAUGCACUGUGGGGUUAUUUGACAGACAAAGCAGAUGUUUACAGUUUUGGGAUUGUUGCACUUGAAAUUGUUGCUGGAAAGAACAACAUGAGAUAUCGUCCAAACGAAAAUUACGUCUGUCUUCUUGAUUGGGCUCUUAAUGUUCAUCAAAAUGGGAAUUUGAUGGAGCUAGUCGACCCACAGUUGUGUUCAAAUUACAACAAGGAAGAGGCAAUGAGAAUGAUUAGAGUAGCUCUACUGUGCACUAAUUCAUCUCCAGCACUUAGGCCAACUAUGUCUUCUGUAGUGAGCAUGCUAAAAGGUGAUAUCAGUAUACAUGAGCUAAACCUCAAUUCGGAUAUGUAUGGGGAUGAUUUUUGCAAGUUCAGAGGGCUGAGAGACAAGUAUAGCCAGACCAAAAGCAGAAGCUCGGGAAAUUACUCAGAAACCUUUGGUGAUGUAUCUGAUGUUAUCAAUAAUGGUUCAUCCACAUCUGCUUAUGACCUCAAUACAGUAAGCCUUCAAUCCGAGUAACAAGGAAAGUCCUAAACUUUUGCGUAUUUCAGAGCUUGUCAACGUUUUCUGUUUUCUAGUUGGAGUAUUAUGUACUAUAGAUUUGUAAUCUCUAUAACCUCAUAUAGUGGCCAUAUCUAUCUUAUGAAUUUAAACUUGGUGUUAAUGCUUGAUACCAAAAGUUCAGCUGUAAUAGUCCUAAAUUAUGAUUUUACCUAAAGAAUAACACCUGUAGGUUUAACGUGUCCCAUUGAUUAUGCUAACCGCUAUUACUACAGCCCUCUACUUUUACUUUCACUUUGCUCUCUCCUUUGCUUGCAAAUAUACAACAUAUAUCUGGCAAAAGUAUCAUUAGUUCCACUGUAGAGUGUAAAGAAUCCCAGCCUUAAUUA